ACUCAUCGCAUCGGCGUUCUGACGACUCCCCGACCCGACCGACGCCCGACUCAGCGAUUCGGAGUCAAUACUUAACGCUCAACGCUUCGGUCUUCAAUCCUGCCUGAGCUUUGACAGCCCUAAACGCAAGCAUAGCUCUAAAGGUUUUGACUUUUGGCUUGUCCCUGAUGUUCGAUGUUCACCUCUUUGGACUCCCCUGAGCAUUGUGUUUAGAUCUCCUUACAAAAAGAACUUUGUAUGCUGCACAAUUAAGUCUGCGACUGCCAUCAUGACGCUAACCUCCAGAGUAUGGAAGUAUAUGUCAAGAAUUGCAGGUUCGCCUGGAGAAGCGGUAUGCAGAGUCUGUGGUGCAAGAUUCAAACGUACCGGAGGUACAACCUCUUCUAUGAUAAAACAUCUCAGACAGCAACAUCCAAAAGAAUUUGUGGCAUCAGGAAUCACAUUUAAAGGAAAAAGAAAUCUAUCAAAACGAACACAUCAAGUCGGAAACUGUGUUGUCGUAGUAAGCAACGGUUCCGACAGUGGGACAACAGAACACCCUCAAUUGUGGAAUGUAAUGACUAAAAAUGCAGAUGGAACUACUGUUACUUGUUCUUUGUGUGGUAUCACAUUCCUUUGGAAUGCUGGCCAGUCAACAUCGGCCAUUUGUAAGCAUUUAAAAGUAAACCACCCAACGGAGUUCAGCACCUUAGGAAUCUCUGAAGAAAGGGAGGAUAGUGGUGGGGGACUUUGUGUAAUGAAAACUGAGAGAGAAGAGGAGGUAAAUCCUGCUCCUAAGUUAGUCAGUCUUCUUUCAAAGGGUAGUAGGGCUUCUCAGAUCAAGUCACCAUUAGUUAAUCUGCUUGCAAGCAGGGCUUCUCAUAAUGAGGCACCAGCAGUAGAGUCUCAAAGUACCAGAAAACCAAUUACUAUACACAAGACAAAAAAACUGGACUCACUUCUUAUGAACAUGGUAUGUUCUGAAUUGCUACCUUUUUCUUUGACUGAGAACCAAAGCUUUCAGCAGUUUGUAAAGGUUUUAGACUCACAGUAUACCUUGCCAAAACCAGAGGCUUUUGCAACUACAUACUUGAAAGAAAGCUAUGAAUGUGUCAAACAGGAGGUGAAAUUUUCACUUAAAGAGGCUGUGACUGUAGCUGUUAGUGUUGAUAAGUGGACUCCCGUGAAUGCAGACUUACAGGCUAGUGGUACUGUUAGUAGUGGUAAUACAUUUUUUUACUUGACUUUAAGCGCUCAUUUCCUGACCCCAUUAUGGGAAUUGAAGUCAAUGGUGUUGAGUUCUCCAUGCGUGAGUAAUGAAGCAGGGGUUGAAGAAAUUGCACACUGUCUGAAAACAGAAUUUGAGCAGUGGGGAAUUGACAGCAAAAUAAAUAGUGUCAUUACUGAUCAAACACCGAACUUGGUCACUGCAGUGCAGAGUCUGAAUUUGGAGCAUGGUCUUUGUUUUGGACAGGCUUUAAAUUUUGCUAUUCACACAGCCUUGAAAUCAUCAGAAAUGGUGACUGCAGUGGCCAACCGAGUGAGAGACAUUGUGAAUUAUUUUGAAAGCAGCACAGAGCUUGCGAACGUGUUGUAUGACACGCAGAAUGGCGAGUCCCAAGAAAGAUUAACUGUGCAUGAUGAACGUUACUGGCCCUCCACUCUUUCAAUGUUUCGUAGUUAUCUAAAGAGGCAUGAGUCUGUCUGUGCAGCACUGCAGGGCUUCCAGUCAGAGUCAAACAUAUGUAUCACCCCGGGGGAGCUUAAUGUCAUAAGCACAACUGUGGAUACGCUUGAGGCUUUUGAACUGGCUUGGGAGGAGAUGUGCAGUGAGACGUAUACACCUCUGUCCAUGAUGAUACCCGUGGUAAGACAACUGCAGGAUUACUUGUCUGAGAUGCCCGAUCAAGCCUUUGAUUUGACCUCUGAACUCCAGCAUCAACUCAUCCUCUUGUUCCCUUUCAUUGAAGAGAACUUCCAGUGUGGGGCUUCAACGGUUCUGGAUCCACGCUUCAAGUACGUGCCUUUUGCAGACUCGGGCAAAGCAAAGGUCAUAGAGAGUGGCCUCACGGCGAAGCUCAGUAAUAAGUUUAUGAGUGAACAGACAUCAGCUGCUGCAGAACGCGGACCAGAAAAAUCCCCUCCUCCUCGAAAAAGAAGGUCUCUGUGGAAUAAGUUUGACUCCAAGGUGAAUGAUAUAAUAGAAGCUUCAUCACCUGCAACCACGGGAGCUGCAAUUGAAAUGAGACGUUAUGAAGAAAGCAUGCUGCUGAGGAGAGAUGAAAUUGCACCUUUUAAGUGGUGGAAAGAGAAUCGGACAGUUAUGCCCCAUCUGAGUGAUCUUGCAAGAGAAUUCCUAUGUAUUCCCGCAAUAUCGAUCCCAGCUGCCAGAUUGAUUUCCAAGGAAGGACACCAAGUACUUGCUAAAAGAAGCUGCAUACCGAUAAAUCAUAUUGAGGAGGUUUUGUUCUUACAAAGUAAUCAUAAAGUUUAGAUUGAGGUAUUUUCUUCCUGCUGUUGAGAAA